AUGGAUAAUUAUCCAUACGGACCACCAUCUCCACCAUCUCCACCAUCUCCACCAUCUUCACAAACUCCACCAUCUCCAACAUCUCCAACAUUUCCACCAUCUCCACCAUCUCCACUAUCUCUAACAUUUCCACCAUCUCCGCCACCUCCACCGUCUCCACCAUCUCCACCUCCACCACCAUUUUUCGACAACAGCUGGAAUACACUUUCGGAGAACUUUCAACAGCCACCAAAACCAACUUACGACAGUGACGAGAAUAACUUUUCGGAGGCCUUUCAACAGUCAGCAGCUAUGACGAGCAGUGAAUAUUGUGCAGGGUCACAGCAACCACCAUCAGCGUCACAACAACCGCCAGCAGUGCCAAGGGGGCUCAAAAUAAUCAAAACCGCAAACACUAGUGGUACUUCAAAUGUAGUCUUUACAAAAGAUGACCGCAUGAUAGUCAAUGGCGUAGAAGCUUCGGACGAUGAGUAA